AUGAGGGGACCAGCGGCUUCCCGUCGGCAGCGGCUGCAGGGGACAGCAGCAUUAGAAGAAGAUAAACAAAAAAACAGCAGCUCUAACUCCUUUCUCUUUUCUUCUUCUUCAACAGGGCAGCAGGCUCAGCAACGAGGUGGCUGUACACUCCAAGGCAGCGCCUCUCGGCUCUCUCCCUUUUCUGCUGCUGCUGCUGCUGCUGCUGCUGCUGCUGUUGCUGCUUCUGAUGGGUUGUACGAUGCCGUAGCAAUAGAGCAGGAGCAGCGCGACAGCCGCAGGUCUCCGCAGUUGAGAAGACGCCAGCAGCAGCAGCAGCAGCAGCAGGAGCUACUGCAGCAUGCAGCAGCAGCAGGAGCAGGAGCAGCAGGCAGCAGCAGCAAACACGCUAGAGGCUCUGGAUCUACUCAUCGCUGUCUCCCUUCCUUUCGCUAUACACCCCAACUCUGCGAGAAAUCUGAAGAGAUUGUUAGGGUGUAUCGGCAGCAGCGUUUAAAAGAGCUAUGGAUGAAGAUAAGCAGCGACGAAGAAGGUGCAGCAGAUUUCUUUGCUCUUCACUCUGUUGCUGCUUCUCUGUCUCUUACAGAGCGUCUCUUUAUUAAAGCUGUUAUUGCUGCUCUCGUGCAGCAAGCCAUCAGCAGGUGCAGCAGCGAUGCAGCAGCAGAAGGAGACACACUAGCAGCAGCCUGCGACCCGUUGCUGCAGCAGCAGCAGCAGGAGCAGCAGCCGCUGCAGCAGCUGCAGGUGCAGCACCCAGAUAAAGAAGGCCCAGUUAAGAUCAGCACGCUGUCUCCUUCUUCUAGACCUCCUCGCUUUAGACAGGAGACAGGGGAUUUGCUGCAGUCUGCAGCAGCAGCACAGCAGCAGCAGGAGCAGGUGCUGGACCCGCAGCAGCAGCAGGAGCAGCUGCAGCAGGAGCAGCAGCAACAGCAGCAGCAAGCCGCACAGCUAUACCGCCGUCUAGCGAGAGAGAGAGGGAGAGUCUAUAUGCUAGAUGCUGAUGAAGAGACAGCAGAUGCGUCUGCUACACCGCAUCUCUACGUCCCUGCCUCUGUCUUUCUAUCUACCUGCAUGCAGCUGCUUGAGGGUUCGUUUGGUGUUGCAGCUAUUGAUGAAUUUAGAGACACCCUAACUCGCAGCUGCAGGAAGCUUGUUGCUGCUGCUAGCCCCGCAGCAGCAGCAACUAUCGUCCAGCCACACGUUCUCGCAUACUCUCGCAAGCUCGAGGCUCAGCGCCAGCAGCAGCAGCAGCAGCAGGAGCAGGAGCAGCAGCAACAGCAGCAGCAGAGGCUGUUGCUGCAGCGCGUACGCUCCCGAUCCCUACCUGCAUGCGGAGACCCUUCUUGCUGCUUCGAGCAGCAGCAGCAAAUAGCAACAAAACGCUGGAGUCGCUUUGAUGCUGCUAUCCAGCGCUUUAUCCUCAAGAGGCAGCAGCAGCAGCAGCAGCAGCAGCAGCAACUGUCCCUAAAAGAGCAGCAAGAAGCAGCAGCAUGUACAUUUCACCCUGAGAUAAACCCCACGCCUCGCUACCUUAAACAAAGACGUGCAGACAACCAACAGCAGCAGCAGCAGCAGCAGCAGCAGCAGCAGCAGCUGCCUACAGACCCUAUGCAGAUACUGAGGCAGUUUUGCAGCAGAUAUGUCUCUAAUAAUAAAUCUUCGGAGCUGCUGCUCGCUUUAAGUGAGUGUUCGUUUCACCCUAAUGUAGAGAGAUGCAUUAAGAAAGAAAGACAGAGACAGCAGCGCCUGAUGCAGCUAGAGCAGCAGCAGCAGCAGCAGCAGCAGCAGCAGCAGCAGAGACAGGGGAAGAAGGGCAGCGAUAAGGUUAAGGGUAAAGGAGACAGAUGUAAAGACAAAGACAAGCAAACAGCCGCUGCUGUAGACAAAAUAUUUAACUCUUUAGACUCACCCUUCGAUGCUAUCUUUCAAGCUGAUAUCCGCAGAUGGCUGCAGCAAGAAGCAGAUGAGGAGACACCAGCACCAGCAGCAGCAGCAGCAGGAGCAGCAGCAGGGGACUCCGAGGCCCGCCAGCUGCGACGAGGCAAAACUCCUGUUGUUGCUGCUGCUGCUGCUGCUGCUGCUUCAAAGAGAUGGGUGUUAGACGGAAGGGAGCCGCAGCACAGAGACCAUAGACAUGCACUGAGUGCUGCAGCUGCCUGCUGCAACAUAUCAUCAGAGCAGCAGCAGCAGCAGCAGCAGCAGCAACCUGUUGUUGUCCUCGAUUCCAGAGCAGCAGCAGCAGCAGUAUCUGCAGCAACGAGCCCAGCAACACCCGCUGCUGCAGCAGCAAGCCAGCGGAUGCACCGCAGCAGCAGCAGCAAAGGCUACAGCAGCAGCAGCAGCAGCAACACAAAGUCACCGCCCCACGUCGUGCCCUGCAGCUCGAGAAUAACAAACCCAGUACAGAAGUGGAAGGAGGAUCUUCGAGGGGGUUAUUUGCUGCCUUAUUUAAAUUUUUCUUUAGAACAAGACGAAGGAGAAGCAGCAAAGACAAGAAGAACUCAAGUAAAGAAGCAUGACUGGCAGAGCUAUAUACGCUUAGAGCCUAGGGGUUUUCAAGCGAGAGUUAUACCUGCUGAGAAUACACUCAAACUUAUUUGUGAAGAUCUCGCUAAACAAACUC